GACCGCGGGUGUUCUGCGUGCGCCGGCCCGUGGCGAGCCAGGUUCUCGUGGCCGCGUGCUAGGAGGAGGCCGGAGCCCGGGUGGGAAGAAUGGAGUUGGCGUCUCGCUCCCAGAUCCCUAAAGAAGUGGCUGACAUCUUUAACGCCCCCAGUGAUGAUGAAGAGUUUGUCGGUUUCCGAGAUGAUGUUCCCAUGGAAACCCUCUCAUCAGAGGAGAGCUGUGAUAGUUUCGACUCACUGGAGUCAGGGAAACAGCAAGAUGUACGUUUCCAUUCCAAAUACUUCACGGAAGAGCUAAGAAGAAUUUUUAUAGAGGACACUGACUCAGAGACCGAAGAAUUUGAAGGAUUUACACAGAAUGACCUGAAUGGAAAUAGUAACUCAGAAGUCAUGCUUGUGGAGUCAGAUUUGAGUGAUGCUGGUGAGGCGUCUUCAGUGAGUGAGGAAGAGGAGGCGGAUGAAGGAGAAAAGGCCACACCUAGAAGAAGCAGGCCUAGGAGGAGCAGUAUUGGUCUUCGAGUAGCCUUUCAGUUCCCCACCAAGAAACUGGCAAAAAAAUCAGAUGACAGUUCUUCGGAGCCACUGUUUUCUAGCACACGCUUACAGGACAGUAAAAAAGCAAUUCUUGGAAGAAAGAGAAGCUGCAGACAGGGGAAGGAAAGGGAAGAUUCAGUCUCGGAGUCUGAGGACGACUCCAGGGAUGAAGGCCAGGAGGGCUCGGAUGCGCUGCUGAAGAGGACCAUGAACAUCAAGGAGAACAAAGCCAUGCUCGCUCAGUUACUGGCGGAACUGAACUCCAUGCCCGAUUUUUUCCCAGUACGAACCCCGAACUCCGCUUCUAAGAAGAGAACAGCAAGGCGGGCUUUCUCAGAGGGACAGAUCACCCGGCGCACGAACCCGACCCGGAGCGCACGGCCUCCCGAGAAGUUUGCCCUGGAGAACUUCACCGUCUCAGCUGCCAAAUUUGCCGAAGAGUUUUACGGUUUCAGGAGAAGGAAGACAAUUAGUGGGGGGAAAUGCCAGGGGUAUAGACGGCGUCACCGAAUAUCUUCUUUUCGGCCAGUGGAGGAUAUCACUGAAGAGGACUUAGAAAAUGUUGCCAUAACUGUUCGAGAUAAAAUCUAUGAUAAAGUUCUGGGCAACACCUGCCACCAGUGCAGGCAGAAGACCAUCGACACCAAGACCGUGUGUCGGAACCAGAGCUGCGGGGGGGUGCGAGGACAGUUUUGUGGGCCAUGCCUGCGGAAUCGCUACGGGGAGGAUGUGAGAUCUGCGCUGCUGGACCCGGAUUGGAUGUGUCCCCCCUGCCGCGGGAUCUGCAACUGCAGUUACUGUCGGAAGCGUGACGGCCGCUGCGCCACGGGAAUCCUCAUUCACCUGGCCAAGUUCUACGGUUACGAUAACGUUAAGGAAUACCUGGAGAGCUUACAGAAGCAGCUGGUAGAAGACAACUGA